AUGCCGGUUAAGCAGACACCCGGGUUAGAUGGUAUCUCAGCUAAGAGACGGCAAGAUGACAGCGGCGAAGAGGAGGAAGACGACUACAUGUCCAUGUCAUUCCUAGACGAACCUCAAGCUAAAAAGGAGACGUUUACCCAGAAGAAGCUCCGGAAACUAAGAGAGGCCGAAGAAAAGUCGCGCGUCCCCUCAAAGGCCGAGUUAGCUGCUGCAGAAGCUGCACGUCGUGAGGCCGCACUCUCAACGAGCGCAAUUGAUACGUCCAGUAAAGGGUAUCAGAUGAUGGCGAAACUGGGCUAUAAACCAGGUAGCGCGCUUGGGAAGAAAACUCCGUCUGAGACUGCGGGUACCGAAACGGAUCAGCGCCUUACCGAACCUUUGGGGAUAUCUGUGAAGGAAAAUCGAGGAGGAAUAGGACUGGAUACGGAGAAGAAGCGGAAAUUCCGCGAGGAACUGGAAGGAGAGGCAAAGCGGGUGAAGGCUGUGGAAAGCGAUUAUCUGGAGCGCGUGAGAACUGAACGGGAAGAGAAGAGGCAGGAGGGACAGUUUCAUGCAGCUCAGAAAGUCAUUGAAAGAUUUGAUACCGAAAAUGACGAAGACGGAACCGAAGCAACUAAUAUUAAUGGCAACGGUCAACAAGUCAUCGCAGAAGAAGGGAAUUCUGAUGACCAAGACGCAACGGCUAAGAAGGGGAAAACGCAGGGCACCAGGCCCAUCGCAAGGGUCAACAUCCUUUACCGCGGAUUGGUGCGGGCUAGGGAGGUAAAACUACGUGAACAGCAAGCCAUCCGUCGUCGAUAUGAGUCUCUCUCCUCGCGUGACUCGUCGCAGCUGUAUUCCGAGAAAAUUCCGGGGUUACCCACAUUUGCCGACGAUGAGUUAGAGGUCGACGAUAAGCUGGCCCUGGGUCGCACGGCCGAAGGCGAGGUUGUUGAGGUCGAAGCUGAUGACGAGGAUGAUGAAGAACUGGAACAGUUCAAUUCUCUUGGUGUGCAAGAACGGCUAUCCCGUGCUGUGGCAUACCUGCGGGACAAAUACAACUACUGCUUUUGGUGCAAGUAUAGAUAUGAAUUGCCGGAUAUGGAAGGCUGUCCGGGUCUGACAGAAGAAGACCAUGAUUGA